AUGAUCUUGCUUUUCUUACUUUCUUACGUCUUUGUGUUCAAUGUCGCUGUAGCCGCGAUGCCAAAGUAUGUUUUUGCCCACUACAUUGUUGGUAAUGCCGCCAAACUGACCCCAGACCAGUUGCAGUCCGACAUGGAACUGGCCAAGCAGGCAUUCAUCGACGGGUUUGCCCUCAACAUCGCUCAACAAGACCCAUCCACCGACGCAGUCCUGCAAAACGCUUAUGCAGCCGCCGAACGUGUCGGCAAUUUCUCGCUUUUCCUAUCUUUUGACUAUUUAUCCGGUGGCCCGUGGCCAGUCGAUAGAGUGAUUGACACAAUCAACCGAUACAAAACCUCUCCAGCACAGCUUUACUACGAGCGCAAACCGCUCGUGUCUACGUUUGAGGGUGUUGGGAAUGUCGAUGAUUGGCCCAGGAUUAGGGAGGGGACUGGAUGUUUUGCGAUGCCGGAUUGGACGAGUCUAGGACCGGAGCGAUUUGCAAAUGUCAGAGAUAAUGUUGAUGGGUUCUUUAGCUGGGAUGCAUGGCCCGUGGGGAAGGCGAAUAAGUCUAUCCACAAUGACCAGGAAUGGGUUAAUGCCACUGCUGGGAAACCGUAUAUGAUGCCUGUCUCGCCGUGGUUUUAUACCAAUCUGCCGCAGUGGAAUAAGAAUUGGCUGUGGGAGGGUGCACAUCUGUGGACGCACCGGUGGGAAGAGGUAUAUCAUUUCCAGCCAGAUAUUGUCCAGAUUAUCUCCUGGAAUGAUUACGGCGAAUCACACUAUAUCGGCCCCAUCUAUCCAGACGGCAUCCCACAAGGCGCAGAAAGAUAUGUCCAAGGAAAUCCGCACGACCCUUGGCGAAAACUGUUACCGUAUUACAUUGCAUCCUACAAAACCGCCAGCAAAGCUCGAAUCCGUGUCACGAGAGACACGCUCGUGUUCUGGUAUCGACUCAAUCCCAACGACUCGGGCAGUAAUGGUGAAACUACGGGGAACUGCCCCCAACAAGGCCAGCCUGCAAUGGACCCACGAUUGCUGGCCGAAGACAAGAUUUACAUUGCUGCCUUGGUCAAAGAGCCGAGUAUCGUGUUGGCUCAGAUUGGCGCUGGGCCGGUGACCGAGCUGUUCGCGAGUCGUUCGGGUAUGAAUACCUUCGAGGUGCCAUUUGGUGGACAGACCGGGAAUACAACAUUUGCGAUUCUCAGGGAUGACAGGGAGGUUGCAUAUGCGACGGGGCCUGCCAUCACGAAGCAGUGUGUGGAUGGGAAGGUCAACUGGAACGCAGUCGUGGGGUCGAAUUAG